AUGAGCAAUGCUUUAUUUGCAAAGAAUAAGAUAGGAUUUGUUGACGGAACAAUUUCGAUGCCUGCUGCUGACUCACCGACAUUGCACCAUUGGAUGCGUUGCAACGCCAUGGUGAAAGGAUGGCUUAAAAGUGCCAUGAAUAAAGAGCUACGAAGCAGCGUCAGAUAUGCCAUGACAGCACGGGAGAUAUGGAUAGACCUUGAAGAGAGGUUUGGUAAGGGUAGUGCACCAAGAGCCUAUGAGUUACGGCAUGCAAUUGCACACAUGCGGCAAGAGAAUCAAUCUGUGCCCACAUUCUUUACCAAACUAAAAGGCUACUGGGAUGAGAUUGAUUCCAUAGCACCAUGGCCGAAGUGCACAUGCGGAGGAUGCAAGUGUGAUCUGCAGAAACAACUAAUGGAAUGA